GGACUUGAAGUGCUUGAGAUGUCUAGUGGGCAGUUGUACACAGAGCCAGGGGGACUAGGGUUGAAGGUUGAGAUGAGGGGUUGUCAGCCUAGAUGCAGUUUGGGAAGAAGAGCAGGUCCAGGGUGGCUGAGAGCCCCGCAAAGGAAACAGAGAAGGAAUAAUCAAAGAUGCAGGGACAGGCCUUCCUGUGCAUGUGGCCUUUGUGACUUCCACCACGGCGUAUUGCGGCCAGAGACAAAAGGUGCAGAAGGUGAUGGUGCAGCCCGUCAACCUCAUCGUCAGAUACUUGCAAAAUAGAUCUCAAGGGGUUCAGUUGUGGCUGCAUGAGCAAGUGAACACGUGGAUAGAGGGUUGGGUUAUUAUUGGCUUUGAUGAGUACCUGAACCUCGUAUUAAAUGAUGCAGAAGAGAUUCAUUCAAAAGCAAAGUCAAGAAAACAACUGGGUCGCAUCAUGCUACAAGGAGAUAACAUUGCUCUGCCCCAGAGUGUUUCCAACUAG